AUGGCGGAUCCCGCGGUAGUCGCUGCAGCCGCCGCGCGCAGCGGUAGUAAAUCUUCCUCAUCUGCAUCAGAAAACUACUGCAUGGCUCGACGGCGCACUCUUCAGGUGGCAGUGAGUGCUCUGCUCACAGAGUGUGGCUUUGACAGUGCCGAAAAGGCAGCGGUCGAGACGCUUACAGAGAUGAUGCAGAGCUAUAUCAGUGAAAUUGGCCGCUGCGCUAAAGCUUAUUGUGAACACACAGCUCGGAGCGUUCCCACUUUACCCGACGCCGUGGUCACGCUCAUAGAAAUGGGUUUGAAUGUGGACACUUUACCUGUUUAUGCCAAAAGGUCUCAGAGGAUGGUGAUAACGGCACCUCCUGUGACCAACCCUCCGGUGACGCCCAAAGCCCUGACCGCGGGGCAAAAGCGCACUCAUCCUGCUCAUAUCCCCAGCCACUUCCCUGACUUCCCAGACCCUCACACCUACAUCAAAACACCUACAUUCAGAGAACCAGUGUGCGAUUACCAGGUGGUGCGAGAGAAAGCGGCUACGCAGAGACGAGAUGUGGAGCGAGCGCUGACUCGCUUCAUGGCGAAGACCGGAGAAACGGAGACCCUGUUCAAAGACGACGUCACCACUUUCCCCUUAAUCGCUGCAAAGCCCAGUGCAAUCCCGUACCUCAGCGCCCUCUUGCCUUCAGAGCUGGAACUGCAGAGUCUGGAGGAGACUGACUCUUCUGAGCAGGACGAUCAGACGGACAGUGAAAACACGGCUGGACACAACCUCACUGAUGACCCAAACGCAGACAAGGAGAACGCUCUGCUUCCUCCCAGCGGUGCCGUCCCUUCAUCAAAAUCGAAUGAAGAAAAUAUUAUUGACAAUCCAUAUUUGCGGCCAGUGAAGAAGCCCAAAGUGCGGAGAAAGAAAUGA